CCUGUGGUUAGAGAAGCUGGGGAGAGCUGGUGACGUCAAAGGAUCGCGAUACAGGAGACGCAGUACGCAUGUGACCGCAACGCUCGAAGUUGGCUUAAACGUAUACUACGAGGAUAUUUGAAAAUACGCGCACUGGUCUCUUCGUGUUGUCACAGUUUAGCCAUUGUUUCAUGUGGCCGAGUUCUGACGUUUCCAUUCGCUUGCCGAAAGCAUAGCAAAGAGGCCACGCGCGCCUGGGGAGAAGAAGAAAUAGAUAAGCCUUGCCGCUGUUCUCAUCUCACUUCACUAUUUCACGGGCGGCCAAACAUUUUCCUAACCCUUUGGGCUUCUGCACAUACUAUGAGAUGCGCGUAUUAAACUUGCAUCUUGUCAUCAUUCCCGCCUGACAGUUCGCGGGCUGUAUCCACACGUCAUCCUAUUAGACGGUGACACGUGCGAUGAUGAGGUCGCUGCUGCGAGCCAACUCAAAUUACUGUCCAUCUAUGUUUUUCUCAUUAUUUUCACUGAAAAAAGAUAGUCUGCUAUCGAUAAGAUAUAGACGCUAAUGGCUUAAUGCGCCCAUGUACCCUCAGAAAAAAGAUAUCAGAAAUACCAGGUUUCGGGAGUUUAAAACCACUGCUUGAAAUGGUUGACAUAGUUAUUAGGACCUGUAUGCCGUCACCCGUCAGAAAGUGUCAUAAAACAGAUUCCAGUGUUUCCCCAUUGUCGAGGGGGUCAAAGCAACGCAAAUAGAGGAAUUUGAGCCUUAUCCGUUUACAGGCGAAACCGUCAGUGAAAGUGGUAAACUCUAAAGAACUACUGAAUGAGCCAGUUCGAUCGAGUUACUUGAUAUCGCUCUUGUCUUGAGAUGUGGUAGAAAGCGAACAUUGCCAAAACUAAGAUCGAUUACAUUUCUCAAGAAAACAAUAUCCCAACUGUUCACAAAUCGACCAACUUACACUUGGUAUCAUCACAGGAAAAUGAAAUAGGAAUCGGAGAACUCUAGUGGAUUAUACACAUGCUGUUAAGAUAGCAAGAUGCAUGAAUCAUCAUAGCUCAGUGAUGACUUGGGUUCCUGCUGGCCCUGAUGAGUAAGCCUAAACGCAAUGUAUACACAGCGAGGGCCUAAUGAGCAGGAAAAAGCUAACAGGGGAAGCGAGUUAAAUGCAUUUUUACUUUCGGCUGUUCAGAGGUCAUAGGGGCUUACUUGCCGCCUUCUAAAAGCCCUUCCCCGUCAUUGGCUCGUUGAAUGUUUAACUCAGGUCCCUGCUCUGAUGCAUAUUGAAACUCUUUUUUUCUGCGUUGAUGCGAUUUUCUCUCCACGGUCCUUACCACUACAGCACGGUAUCCAUUCGCGUUGCCUCAGGAUGCAGGCACAGACCUCGCGUGUGGAAAGAGACUGAACAGCCUCUUAAAGUCAAGACUCUCACACAGUACUUAGGCUCUAAAUACCCGCAUUUAUCCCUGACCCUCACCCCUUGUGUGUUCUUUUUUUAUAAGAAUGAUUGUAAGAGUUUUUGUUGGUUGCGUGUCCUUCCAGCCUGUCACACAAGCCUGUCUCGAGGUGCUCGCCUCAAGACAUGAACUUCGCUAGCAACAAUCCUUUUUUCUUGUUUACUGAAUUCCUGAAAUUAUCUGCAUAUUGCUGUCAAUACCCGUCAUUAUAGCUUUAUCCCUGGGUUCGUGAAUCUGUGCAGAAAAGAAGCUUAUCUGCGAGACGUAAAAUCGGUGGGUAUGAGCGGAUUGAGUCCCUCACUAAUAACCUUACCAACGGCAAAACACACAAAACGGAAAUCACACAAAAAACCUCGCAAAUCACGCGUAAACUUUACGCCUAGCUAUCCAGGGGUCUACUGCCCUUCACGUCAGAGUUGCAUCUUGCUGAGAGGCGAGAAAGGUAACCAUUCCGUACUUUCAAGAAUUAAUUAAGAGGAGCUGGCCUAAGGCGCAAUCAAACACAGUACGAUCAACUUUGCUCUUGAUAUGGAGACUUCCAAGGCGAGCCCGCGAACCGGGGAUCGACCGAGCAGGAGAAGAAGUUGCGAUCUUCCGCGAAAACCAAACCCUCAAGUCCGGCAACGUAAAAUAAGCCUUGAAGAACGACAUCGCAAGAUCAGCAAGGAGGACAAAGAACGUAGGAUUAGUAUAGAGGAACGGUUAAAGACACUUUACUCUAAUCCAAAUUCGGAGUUGGUAGUUAGCGAAACCGCGAAGAGUGGGGAGAUGAACUUUUAUGUCCAGGCGACAAAGACUCCACAGGAAUCCCGACAAGGUACUUCAAAGGAAAGCCCACAAACAUCAGGGAGUACUCAGCGAGUCAAGAAGCGCAGCCUGUGUCAACAGCUACCUCCUUUGAUAGAGACCUCGCCCGGACCCCCCGAAAUCUUGGUCAGUUUUCACAUUGACUCUCCGAUGGAUCGACGUCGAAGGAACAACAAUCCAGGUCUUGAAAUAGCAGACCUAAGUGGUCUUCUCGCCAAGCAAGUAGAGAUGAAACAGAAAGAGAAAGAAGAGUUGAUCAAAUACGGCUCGGCGGACGAGUUUUACGACAUGAACGAAGAGAUUGGCAAAGGAGCGUACGGGAUUGUAAAGAAAUGUGUGGAUAAAGCCACAGGCCAGACAUACGCCGCUAAGGUGGUGACGACGUCUAAUUCCAACCUCCGGAAAGAAACAAUGCGUGAGAUCGAAGUGAUGCGAAAGCUUGGUUCACACAAGAAGCUAGUGGGGCUCAUAGACGCCUACCACACGCCCUUUGAGAUUGUCAUGAUCCUGGAAUUCAUUCCAGGAGGCGAGUUAUUCGAACGAAUCAUCGAGGAGGACUACUUGAUGGAGGAAGAUGCGAUUUAUUAUGUGCACCAAGUCCUACUAGCACUGGAUUACAUGCACGGCAACAACAUUGUUCACCUGGACCUCAAGCCUGAGAAUAUAAUGUGUGAGAGCAUCAACUCAAACCAGAUCAAACUUGUGGACUUCGGCUUGGCGCGUGAGCUAAAAAAGGACGAGGAGGUCAAGUCUUCGUUUGGUACCCCAGACUUUGUUGCUCCAGAAGUCAUUCGAAUGAAGCCAGUUUCCACAGCGAGUGAUAUGUGGAGUCUUGGUGUCGUCACAUAUGUGUUGUUAAGUGGACUUAUGCCGUUUUCUGGGGAUAACGACCACGACACCCUUGUCAAGGUGGCUAAGGCUGAAUGGGAUUUUGAUGACGAAUGCUUUGAUGAAGUCUCUGAGGAUGCUAAGGAUUUUAUUGAAGGCCUUUUGGUCAAAGACCCAACCGAGAGAUUUACAAUCGCGGAGUGCUUAACACUACCGUGGCUCAAGGCAAAACACCAAAUGGGCAAGAUUGAUACCAAGAAGCACAAGUCGUUUUUCGCUAAAAGGCGUUGGAAGAAAUCCAUCAAUGCCAUGGUUGCUUUACGACGCAUGUCCCUUUCACCGGUAUCGCGGGCUCGCCGUGGCUCAAUGGACACAGCUCUGCUUCAAAAAAAAGCGGACGAAAAGUCUGAGCGAAAAGGCUCCUUCCCUUCAAAUCUUGCAAAAGCCGUACAGCAAAAGAACAUGACUGGACCAACAAAGCCCGGAAAACUCAGCGUGGACAGCAAAGAAAAUAGCAUAGAAGAAAAAGAGGAGCCGGAAUUGCUAGGGACUGUUGGAUUAAAAAAGCCACGGAGUCAUAGCAUGCACGAGGAGUCAAGCGCGCGCUCAAAUAGGUUUGCACAACAGGGUGAUUGCAGGCCAUCGAUUGAUAUUGUUGUAAACAAUGUGGAGACCUCCAGUACGGAUGCACCAGGCAAUGAUGAACAACCCGUUAGUCAAGCAGAAUACAGUGCAUCGAAUGGUGAUGACUUUACUAGUGAAAACCAUGAAGAUAAAGUAUUUUCCAAAGAAAAUAAUACUACAGUGACCAUUCAGGGAGGCGCUAAUACACCUAACAAUACCGAUAAUCACGCAGAAGGUGGAAUAGUUCAUGAAAAGGCAGAAAUAAAUAACAAUGAAGCAAAGGAGAAUGUGGAUAGAACUCGAGUUCUCUUGCCAGCAAAAUAUGUGACUGUCAACACUGAGAAAUGCAAAAAAAGCGAGGUUAAGCCUGCAAUGAAGUCCCAGACAACCGAAGAGAAUGACCUUUCAAUAGCUCACACGAUAAGCGCUCACAUCGAGAGCGAGUUACGGGAACGGUCUAGCAGCUUUACCGCCGUACCUUCUAUUAUAAUAAACGAAACCAGGACGUAUCAAAACAGCAUAGUGUCUGUUAAGAUCUCGCAAAGCACGUCGGAGCCGAGAAUUGCAAAAAGUACCGUGUACACGAAGCAAACAACGAACCAUAACGCGCAUGUCUGCUCGCAGAGUACCGCUGACCAGACGAGCGCAAGUAUAACGUCAUAUACUAUGAGGAAAGUUGACCGUAAAGGUCAGACUAUCACUGUAAGACUUGAUGAGUUGAGCUCGCUGGAGCUUCCCGCGAGCAGAGAAACCUGUACACAUGUUAGAAGGGCCUCCACCGGAUCAGAAGCUAUCGAGUUUGUGAAAAGCAUUCAGAAUAAACUGAGCUAGUGCCAACGCCAAAUACAGAGGGGUGGGGUAUAGGAGGGCCAAUCCUUUUUCGGACUGAAAUUUUAGAAACAUAUAUAUAUGAGAGCUAGCCUCUAGAAAUUAACCUUCCGCAAUUUAUGUUUUAUAUAUUGUUGCCCUUUUGGAAAGUACCCCCUUGAAAAAUCCUGGAUCCGCCCAUGUAUGAUGAGUUUCAAUUGUGAGCAGACAUUUUUAAUAAAGGGGUGUUUGAGUGA